AUGGCUUCACUCCAUACUGGAAUCCAGCUUAUCACUUCAUUCACAAGAGAUCAAUGGUACAGGGUCUUCAUUUUUAUCUUGACUUUUUUGCUGUACACAAGUUUUCACUUAUAUAGGAAACUUAUCAGCAUAGUUAAGGGUGAACUACAUAAGCACUGUGCUUCUCAUGGUAAGGUUAAACUCAACAUUGUCAAUGAAAAUGCCUUCCGUGCUCCUGUUGGGAAAAUAUCAGAUAAUGAACCUCACUGCCAUAGGGCACCAUUUGAUAAGAAGAACUAUCAACAAUUACUGGGAGCAUUGGAUUAUUCAUUCCUUUGUGCUUAUGCAAUUGGAAUGUAUCUAAGUGGCAUAAUAGGGGAACACCUGCCAAUUAGAUAUUACCUAACAUUUGGAAUAUUUGCCAGUGGAGCCUUUAUAACUCUUUUUGGUUUGGGCUAUUUCUACAAUAUUCACAAUUUUGGUUUCUAUGUCAUAACUCAGAUAGCUAAUGGGUUGGUGCAGACUACAGGCUGGCCUAGUGUGGUGACAUGCAUUGGCAACUGGUUUGGAAAAGGAAGGAGAGGCUUAAUUAUGGGAAUUUGGAAUCCUCACACCUCUGUGGGGAAUGUCUUGGGAUCUUUGAUUGCUGGCUCCUGGGUGUCUACCUGUUGGGGACUAUCUUUUGUAGUACCUGGUAUCAUCAUUGCAAUGAGUACAGUGCUUUUUCUCUUUCUCAUUGAACAUCCCAGAGAAAAGUGUUCUUCCACACCAUUAGUUAGCUCAAAAAGCUAUGAGAAUGGAACAGAUUCAGAGUGCAAAAAAAUUCUGUACACCAAGGAUAAUAGCAAAAAUCCGGACCCAGAAAUUCAGAGUUUGUUAGCAGAUGGUGAAAAUGAUACAAUUCAAACAAAGUUUGUCACAGUACUGCAUGGUGACGGAGGAAAUGGAAUGGCUCCAAUCGGUUUCCUAGGUGCUGCCAAGAUGGUCAGCUAUAUAUUUCUUUUUUGGCUGCCACUCUAUAUCACAAAUAUAGACCAUUUUGAUGCCAAAAAAGCUGGGGAUAUCUCCACUUUGUUUGGUAUUGGAGGAAUCAUUGGUGGAAUCUUGGCAGAUGUGAUCUCAGAUAGACGGGGAAAGCAGGCUUCUACCUGUGGAUUAAUGCUGCUGCUAGCAGCUCCAAUGUUCCCUAUGUUCUCUAGGGUCAGUAAAAUGGGCCUAGAAGCUACAAUAGUUAUGCUUUUUAUCAGUAGAGCUCUUGUCAAUGGUCCUUAUGCCUUAAUCACAACUGCAGUCUCUGCUGACUUGGGUACCCAUAAAAGUUUGAAGGGAAAUUCCAAAGUUCUCUCCACUGUGACAGCUAUCAUUAAUGGGACUGGUUCUGUAGGUACUGACUUGGGUCCUCUCUUAAUUGGGCUUAUCUCCCCUUCUGGCUGGAACAAUGUGUUUUACAUGUUAAUGGUAGCAUGUGCCACUGCCUUAUUGUUCUUAGUGUGUCUCAUACAGAAGGAACUGUGCUACACAGGAUCCAUACCUGGAGAAGAGUGUCAAUUUAAAGAACAUUAG